AUGGAUGAAACUCGAAAACUAUAUGAACUUAAUGCAAUGCUUGACGCGGAGGAGUCUCUUAUGAGACAGAAAGAUCGGGUCCUGUGCUUGAAAAAUGGAGAUAGANUUCGAAAACUAUAUGAACUUAAUACAAUGCUUGACGCGGAGGAGUCUCUUAUGAGACAGAAAGAUCGGAUAGCUCCGUGCGUAAUGCCUUGGCCAUCAACCAGAAUGAGUUUCACAGCUGGGCAGGUCUUGGGAUUAAGAAAGCCAAAUGUUCCCUAUCAUUCUCGGCCACCAGUUAUAGGGUCAAACGAAAAAUCAUUUGUACUCUUGUAUAACUUAGAUGGGGAGGUGCAGCUCCCUCUCAAAUACUGGGGACUGCCCCUAGUCUCUACCAGAUUGAGACNCUGUCAUUCUAGGCCUCCAGUUAUAGGGUCAAACGAAAAAUCAUUCGUACUCUUGUAUAACUUAGAUGAGGAGGUGCAGCUCCUUCUCAAAUACUGGGGACUGCCCUUAGUCUCUACCAGAUUGAGACACUCCGACUGUCUCCUCUUCUUGGACAAGUUCAAUCACCGAAUUAGCAAUUGGAAAGGAAGGUGGCUGUUAUAUGCCGAAAGAAUGGAGCCAUCUCCUCCGUGCUUGCAAGCCUUGAGUGCUUGCAAGCCUUCACAUCUAUUAAUCGUCCGCUUUCAGGCUUUCGGAGAAGGAAAUCCAUUUCAUUGA